AUGCAGAAGGGGAGCAUCCGGACGCACCAGCGCUCCACCGCACACCAGGACGCACACGCCGAGAUAAAGUCGAAGGAGAGCCGGAAGCUUCGUCAAACGCUGCUGAGCGAGUUCGAGGGGUUGGAUCGCAGCACGCUGCACAUCAUCACCGCUCUCAAGACUACCGUGCACAUCUGCAAAUCGGAGGCGCCAAUCACCUCCUACGUGGGCACCAUCAAGUUCAUGGCCGAGCUCGGAGUCCCGAACCUUCCCUUGGAUUCCAAGGGAAACUACUUUUCCGACAGCACCUAUUCAUCCCACCCCCACUCACAGGUUGACAUCACGGUGGUCGCGGGGGAGGUGUCGCUCGCUUGCCGGACGAUCGAGGUGCGUUACGUGGACUGCGAGGAUCGUUUCGGCAACGAUCAGUCGCCCCUGCUCUGCGCGUUCCUGAAGAAACACGGCAACCCCGAGCACCGCGAAGUCACCGUCAAAGGUGUGGACCAGAACGGCGACGCUGCAGAGCACAAGUUCGAGCUUCACGAGCGCAAGAUCCCAGGCCAUAAGACUGGCGGCGACUACUACUCCUGCAAGGCGCUGUGCCAGGAGUUUGCGAAGGUCUGCGUUGCGCGACUGGAGUUCCGCCUGGAAGACCUCAAGGACCUGGCCGGCUCCAAGCUUUUCCGGCCGUCGUGCUAUCCCGACGACAACGCGCAGCGGAUGAAGAAGUGCCGCGAGUGGUUGGGCAUGCUAGACCACAUGUUUCACCACCGCCUCUUUGGUACGCCACCUGGUUGCGCCUGCAAUGUGCUGUCUGCUCUAAGUGUGUGUGUACCUUAG